AUGAGUGAGGUUAACGGUUUGCUGAAAUCUGUGCAGGUUCAGGCUAUGGCGUAUCCUAUUACUACCUUGUUCCAAGAGGAAAGAGAUCUCCAGGAUAAAUAUAACUUCCUUCGAGGGAUCGAAGAGUCGUUCUUUCAUCAGAAAUCAUGUGUAAAUUGGCUAAGGCUUGGUGAUUUUAACACGCCAUUCUAUCAAAGCGUUGCUAUGGCGAGAGCCUCAAAGAACUCUAUCAGGUCCAUUACACUAGCGAAUGGCACUGUCAUCACUGACCCUGACCUCAUAAGUCACACUGCCAUCUCUCACUUCCAGAGUAUACUUGCUCCCGACGUGUUGUCUCCAAUCAGCCCCUCGAUCCUCUGGUUGAGAGAUUUGCACUCUCUCUCUUGCUCUGAACAUGACCGACACCUGAUGUCUACGGUACCGGUCCAGGCGGAAAUUGCAAACAUCCUAAAGAAGUUAAACCCCAGCAAAGCACCAGGUCCUGAUGGAUACUCCCCGGGAUUUUUUAAAGCAGCGUGGCCUAUCGUGGGUGAUGAAGUGCUCCUCUCCAUCUCUAAUUUUUUUGUAACAGCUUUCAUGCCGCGAUCAACAAAUGCUACCCUGCUAACACUGGUCCCAAAGAAGCCCGGAGCCACUGGUAUCACUGACUACAGGCCGAUAUCCUGUUGUAAUACCACGUACAAGACUAUCUCUAGGCUUCUCGUCAAACGUCUAAAGCCAAUCCUGCCUCGAGUCAUUUUACCCAACCAAACCGCUUUUGUUCAGGGAAGACUCUUGAUAGAGAAUACUUUGCUUGCUUCUGAAAUUGUGCAGGGCUACCAUAGAAAAGGAGGGGAAAAGAGGAUAACUCUCAAAGUGGACAUUGCGAAAGCAUUCGACACAGUGAGGUGGGAGUUUCUCUUCAACUGUCUGCGUAGCUUCAACGUCCCUGAGGUCUACAUUCGCUGGCUGGAAGGUUGUGUCUGCACCCCGUCAUACUCUGUUGCAUUUAAUGGCUCCAUGUAUGGUUACUUCAAGGGAAAGAGAGGGCUCAGACAAGGGGAUCCACUGUCGCCUUAUCUGUUUGUCUUGGUCAUGAACUGCCUCUCCAUGGCCCUAGACAGAGCGGCUUCUCAAGGGCAAUUUCAUUACCAUCCUCGCUGCGGAAAGUCAAAACUGACCCAUCUCUCUUUUGCAGAUGACCUCCUCAUUUUCUCAGAUGGCUCCAUCUCCUCUGUCCUAGCAAUUCUAGCAGUACUAAGAGACUUCGAAGCAAGAUCGGGGUUAGCUGUGAGCAUUCAAAAAACGUGUUACUUUGCUGCAGGUAUGUCGGAUGCAGACUUGGAAGAACUGAACCGUCUCUCGGGCUUAUCACCGGGGGUUUUUCCCAUCCGCUACCUGCUCCAGCUCAUUACAUAUGUCAUCAAUGGGAUCACCAACUUCUGGUCCAGCUCUUUUAUAAUACCGAAGACAGUAAUUAAAGAGAUCGACUCCCUCUGCUCAAAAUUCCUUUGGAAGGGUGAUAUAACUGCUCAUGCAUCUGCGAAGUUAUCUUGGGACUCUUGCUGUUUUUCAAAAGAUGAAGGUGGGCUGGGACUCCGAAAUAUUGAGGUAUGGAACACGGCCUGCGCUGUGAAAAUGGUUUGGCUCCUGUUUUUUGCAUCAAACUCUAUCUGGGCUACUUGGUUUAUAGCAGAAAUUUUCGAAGGGAACCUCCAAGCGUUUUGGGUGAUAAAUACAAAGCAAAAGCACUCUUGGCUUGUAAACAAGCUACUGGACUUGCGGCCCACUGUAUUCCCAUGGAUUAAGCAGAGAAUUGGCAAUGGGAAAACUUGUUACUUCUGGACGGGAAAUUGGUCCCACUUCGGUGCAAUGACUACUUACCUCCACACCUCUGUUACUAGACGAUUUCCUAUCGCUAGGGAUGCAACACUUGCUGAGCUUUGGGAGAACAAUGCAUGGGUUUUGCCAAACGCUAGAUCGGAGAGCAAGGUACUGGUUAUCUCUUUCCUCUCCACUCUUUUGCUUACUGAUGCUACUGACUCUGUUGACUGGUUACCUGGUGGCGUUAUGCGCCAAAAAUUCUCUACCGGAGAAAUUUACAACCUCUUGAAGCCUCACCCCUCAAAGGUCACUUGGCACAAGGAGGUCUGGUUUUCGGUUGGUAUCUCUAAGCACAAGUUCCUCACAUGGCUAAUGGUACUUAAUCGUUGUCCUACCCGGAAUAGGAUCUCAGCUGGGGACUCCAAACUGAUCCUCAUUACCUGUUCUAGGUGGCUGCAAACUGCGGCUUUCAAACGCCAAGGUACUGGAACCUGCUACUGGAUCGUCUGGCUGGAAAUUUCACAAACAGGAUUUCUAGCCUGCGACAGAAGAGACCUGUGUACUCCUCCUCCCUUCUUCAACUAUGGUUCUCUGGAUAAAGUUUUCACCCUCUCUGUGUAG